AUGGGGCGCGACACCUGCCUGAUCAUUGGUCUUUAGUAGAAAAUAAACAGUGGGGUACACUUCGAUAACAAAACAUGAAGAUUGCUCAGUGGUGAAGAGCACUGGCUGCUCUCCCAGAGGACCCAGGUUCAAAUUCCAGCAAGCACAUGGCAGCUCACAGCUGUCUCUGACUCCAAGAUCUGACACCCUCACACAACCAUACAUGCAGGCAAAACGCCAAUGCAUCUAAAAUAAAAAUAAAUAAAUUUUUAAAAAGGGGGGGGGGGGGGAGAAAGGAAGGAAGAAUAAGAGCCGGAUGUUGGCUUGCUGGAGGAAGAAUGUAACCGGAAGCAGCCAUGCAUUGGGCGGCGCCCGGCAGAGCCGCUUCUGGGAACCAUGCUGAAGGGACAGCGAUUUCCAACGUUCUUUGUUAGACUCGUGUAGCCGUUUUGUUCCGAACUGCAUGAGAAGGACCCGGCGGGGUGUCGCUGGGACCUGAAACCUCCCCGGAGCCGCAGUCUCCGCGCGGGGCGGCCUGGGAAAGUCACCAGUCAGCAGCGCAGUGGCGGGAACCGCAGCCCGGCGGCCCUGGAACCUCCCAGGUGUUUUCUUCUUUCAUUUUUGUUCCAUGGAAAGUUCCAAGUACUUUCUGAAGAUUCCCUUCCCCAUAUGCAAGUCUCACAUUGCUCAGUGAGUCCUGCUCACCUGUGAAUCAGAACAAAGAGCCCUGCAUGGUGAAGAGAGAGGAGACAGUAGCAAAGGAUCCAGGAUUUGUUGUUAUAGAAGUCCUUCAGUGUGGCUACUGACUUGACAGAGGGGGGAUUUAGUGCAUAUUAGAAACUCAAAGAAGAGCAACAAGAAGAAUGAAUGCUUCUGUGGUUAAUGCUCCCCAGAGUCUGUUAUCAUUCAGGGAUGUGGAUGUUGACAUCUCCCAGGAAGAAUGGGAAUGUCUAAACUGCUCAGAGGGCUUUGUACAUGGAUGUGAUGUUGGAGAAUUACAACAACCUACUCUUUGUGGGUAAGAAUUCUCUUCUUGUAGAAUUUCUGAUUCAUCCUUUUUAGUUACUUACUUCGUGUAUACGUAAACUCUCUGUACCUAGAGAAUCCCAGAAAUGAGGAAAAUUCUUGUUACCAAUAGAAAUUUUUGAUGGUGCUUCCUUUACAUUUUCUGUGUUCUAUAGAAGAGUAACCAAUGUGAAAUUCUCCAUGAUCUCUUCACCCCUCUUAUCUAAUAUAUAAAGAAAAUUUCAAAGUUAAAAGAAUAUUAAAUAUUCAAAGCAAGGAAAUAUAUAACAGUACUUACAGUAAUUAGAAUAUAUUAAUUUUACUACUAUUUUAAACUCUUCACCUAUAUCUGAUUAUAAACAAUAGAAAAGGUUUUAGAGAAAGAUGUGUUGGUUUUGAGAAUGCUGUUUUUGUGUAUUUAUUUUUGAGAUGUAGUUGCCAUGUCUGAUACUGGCACAGCAUGAUUUUAAUGUGGAGGCUGAAGUGGGAGGACAUGUUGAGUGCUCUGCCAACAUAGGUUAUAUUAUGAGUUCCUUGCUGACCAAAGCUGUGCAGUGUACUCUGUCUCAGUAACAUAAGAAAUAGGGAAGUGUUAUUCCUAUGAUCCUUCACAGAGCUUCUUUCUCAAAGUUCUUUACUACUCAAACAUCUAUUUGUCUUACCAGCUAUGAGGUACAGUGUUUAGAUAAGAAUGAGAAGGCUAUGCAUGGCACUGACCUAGGUCCUCUACAUAUGUAUGGCAGUUGUUUAGUUUGGUCUGCUUGUGGUAAUCCUGGCAGUGCAAUCAGAGCCUUUCCCUAAUGCUUUGGCUUCAUAUUGGGAAACUAUUCCUCAUAGUGGGCUGCUUCACCCAGCCUUAAUACAAAGGGAGGAGCUUAGUCCUACCUAAACUUAAUAUGCCAUGCUUUGUUGACACCCAUGGGAGUCCUGUCCCUUUCAGAACAGAAACAGAGGGGGAGUUGAUAAAGAGAGCGAGGGAGGUGGGGAGAGGAAACAUGAGAAGAGGAGGGAAGGGAAACUGCAGCUGAGAUGUCAAAUAAAUGAAAAAAAUUCAAUACAAAGGAAAAAAGAAUGAGUAGGCUAUUAUUGUUCCUGUGCUUAUAGAUCAGAUUGGAGAUUUUUAUGAGCAUCCAUUCAAUGACUGUGUAACAGAAAAGUCCUCUGUUAAGAGCUAUGUACCUGAAAGUUAACUGCUUAUCUGUCAUAGAAAACUAAGAAAACAUCAGUCAUUGAAUCUGUUACUCAUGCAUUAAUUGCUAUUAUCCCUAAUUACACUAAUUUUUCAGAGAACCAUCGCAUAUGUGGUAAAUAUGAGAAGGUCUGGCAUCAAGACACAAAGCAUUUGAUCCAUGAUCAUGAAAACAUCAAAGAGAAGUCUUAUAAAUAUAAUGAGUUUGGCAAAGUGAUUCAUGAAUUCUGCCAAUGUAGAUCUUAUGACACAAGUGAUACUGCAGAAAAUUACAAGUGCAGCUUUUUUUUUUUAAAGAUUUAUUUAUUUAUUAUGUAUACAGAAGAGGGUACCAGAUCUCAUUACAGAUGGUUGUGAUCCACCAUGUGGGUGCUGGGAAUUGAACUCAGGACCUCUGGAUGAGUAGUCAGUGCUCUUAACCUCUGAGCCAUCUCUCCAGCCCCAAGUACAGCUUUUUUAACCACAGAGAUGCCUGUGUUGAAACCUUAAACCUCAACAGAAACAAAAGUGGGAAUGCUAGAGAAGAACUUUGCAAGUAUAAAGACUGUGGAAACUGUUUAAAUUUGUGUUCUAUCAUUAGCCAAAAUCAAAGAACUCAUACAGGAAAGAAAGAACACAAAAAUAUGGAGUAUGAUACAUCUUUUGACUCUAAUACAGAAAUCACAUUGAAACAAACUGAUAGCAGGAAGAAAGCACAUCAAUGCAGGAAAUGUGGAAAUGCCUCAAGACUCACUCAAGCCUCAUUAGACAUCAGAGAGCCCAUCCUAGAGACAAAUCCUAUAGAUGUACAAAAUAUAGUAAACACUUUCUGUAUUUUUCACAAUUCAAAGUACAUUACAUAAUCCAUUUUAAAGAAAAACCCUACAAAUGUACAAAAGGUGGUAAUUGCUUUUAUCAUACAUCACACUUUGGAAGACAUUACAGGAUCCACAUAGGAGAGAAACCUUACAAAUGUAGUGAAUGUGACAAAUGCUUUGUCACAAAAGGCUAUCUUAGAACUCAUCAGAGAAACCACACAGAAGAGGAUCCUUACAAAUGUAGUGUAUGUUGCAAAUCCUUUACAUGUGGCUCCUCUCUUAGAAUACAUCAGAGAAUCCACAGAGGGGAGAAUUACAAAUGUAGUGAAUGUGACAAAUCCUUCACCACAGAAAGCCAUCUUAGAACUCACCAGAGAAUUCACACAGGAGAGAAACCUUACAAAUGUGGUGAAUGUGACAAAUCCUUUGCCACAAAACUCUAUCUUAGAACUCAUCAGAGAAUCCACACAGGGGAGACUUACAAAUGUAGUGAAUGUGACAAAUUCUUUUUGAGUGGCUCUGGUCUUAGAAAACAUCUCAAAACUCAUACAGGUGAGAAGCCUUGCAAAUGUAGUGAAUGUGACAAAUUAUUUACCCAGAAAGGCAGUCUUAAAAUGCAUCACAGAAUUCAUACAGGAGAGAAACCUUACAAAUGUAGUGAAUGUGACAAAUUCUUUAUACAGGGCUCAGCUCUUAGAAGACAUCUGAAAACGCAUACAGCUGAGAAACAUUACAUAAUGUAGUGAAUGCUAGAAAUCCGUUACAUUGAAAGAGAAGCUUGGAACUCAUUAGAGAAUAUAUACAUUUAAGAAACUUUAGAAAUGUAGCAAACAUGAGAAAUCCUUUAGUAAUUGCUCAUCUCAGAAUAUGUUGUGGGAUAUUUGAUCUCCCUCUGAAAUCAAUGUAUUAAAAUCAACUGUGUAUGGGGCUGGGGCCUGGAAUUAGUCGACAUGAAAUUGCCACCAAGAGUAUGGCGGAGUGUGGAAAACAGACACACAGGAAGGAGUAGGGAACGACUUGGAGUUUCUUGGUGUUUUUGGUUUGAAAUGGUUGGAGAGACACUCUCUUGCUGGGUCUCUGGCCAAAAAGGAAGGUCAGCUGGUUGCUUCCUGCCCUCUCUUAAGUAGCAAGUUUUCACCCUAACAUCUUAUUCCUGAGUCUUUAUUGGGAAAUACAACAAUGGAGUGUAGAAGGAAUCUUAAAAGUUCUUGUUAAUAAAAUCAAACCUGAGGCCAGUUAUUGGGGUGAACGCUGGAAAAUCAGAGAAGCAAAACAAGCCACAGCUUCCUCACCUUGCCAAUUCCUCAACUGAACUUGUUUCCUCAGACUGGAAGUCUCUGUGUCCUCAUAUCCGAAUGGUUCUCAGCUGAACCGUGCUGCUCAAAAGCCUGAAUGCUUAACCAGCCAAAUGCUUAACCAGCCAAAUGCUUCUUGUUCCUGGUCCUCAUGCCUUAUAUAUCUUUCUGCCUUCUACCAUCACUCCCUGGGAUUAAAGGCUCGCUUUCUGGGAUUAAAUGCGUGAGUCACCAUGCUUGGCUAUAUCCUUGAACACAUGGAUUUCUGCCUAGCUCUGCCUCCCAAAUGCUGGAAUUAAAGGCGUGUGCUACCACUCCCUAUCCUCUAUGUUUAAUAUUGUGGCUGUUCUGUCUCUGACCCCAGAUAAGUUUAUUAGGGUGCACAAUAUUUCGGGAAACACAAUACCACCACAGUGGAGACUUAGUUAUAAACUACAUGUGGUGGCUGUGGCAGAGUCUGUGCCAGCAGAACCAGAAAUCCCACCAGGCCAUUGCCUGAGCAACAGGGUGUUGAAUGCAGGGUCACAGGGUUACAGUCAGAUGCCACCACUUAGCCAACAGAAGAACAAGAUGAACACAUCAGAGCAUUCAUACAAAAGAGAAACCUUACAAAUGUAGCAAAUGUGAGAAAUCCUUUACUGUUUGCGCAUUUCUGAGAAUACAUUAGAGAAUUCAUUCAGGAGAGAAACCUUACAAAUGUAGUUAUUUUAGUUUGGAUUUAACUACUCAGAAGAGAUACUAUCACCAUGGCAACUCUUAAAGGAAAACUUUUAAUUGGGGCUGGUUUAUAGUUUCAAAGUUUUUGUCUAUUAGACUCACAUCAGUAAGCAUAGUGACAUGGAGGCAGAUAUGGUGCCUGAGAAGGAGCUGAGAGUUCUACAUCUUUAUCCUCUGGCAGCAGGAAGUGAGCUAUGUAUUAGGUGUGGCUUGAGCAUAUAUGAGACCUCAGUGCCUGCCUCAAUGGUGAAACAAUUCUUCCAACAAGGCCACACCUAAUAGUUCCACUCCAUAUGGGCAAAGCAUUCAAUCACAUGAGUACAUGGGUGCCAUACCUAUUUAAACCACCAUAGUAGUCAAUAUAAGAAACAUUUUAUCUACAAAAUCACCUUGAGAACAUCAAAGUAUUCACACAGGAGAGAAAAGUUACAAAUGUAACAUAUGAGGAAAAGUCUUUACUUGCCUCCUAGGUCUAAGAAAACAUCUGAAAAUUCAUACUGGUGAGACAAGUUUUCAUUGAAUAUAAUUUGGCAUGUGAUUUAACCAAACUCUGUUCUUAACUACACUUGAGAAUCCACACUAGAGAAUCAUUAUGAACAUGAGAAACUUGUGAAAGCCUUUAAGUUAUGUUCAAAUCUUUCAGAACAUCAAGUGUUUAAUGCAGACGGAAAUUGUGAAAAUAUAGGACACUUUACAUUAAAAUUUUUUACAUGUUCAAGCUCAAAUACUUGAUAAUGAAUACAGAAUGGAGAAAACUGAAGUAUAUGCUGUUGUGUAACAGUUUCCUGGAGACUAUAAUGAUCCAUUUUGAAUGGAAGCUGCUUAAGGCAGGAAAUACACCACUCAAGAGCUUCAAGCUUCAGCUUCAAGAAACCCCUGAAACUGACAGCGUUCAGUGUUCAUAACUCAAAUGAAGAAACUCAGAAGUCAUGCCCCUUAGAAGAGGAUUUAGCCAUAAAGAUAGGAUGCUCUUUAACUUGUAGAUAUACUUACAGGUCUGCCUUGUGCAUUAUUCAUGAGCUUUAACACAUGCUGUUUUUUGAGUUUCAUGAUAACAACUGUUUGAGUUCCUUAUGCUCCAAUAAGCAACUGCUUACCCAUAAUCUUACAAAAAAUUCCAAUAAAACUCAUUGAUUCAAAAAGUUGGAUUUGAUUCUGUUUUCAGUUUCCUACUGGGGUGAGUAGAUGCUUAUGUAUGUUGCAUCUUCCUAGGAAAGAGGUCUCAUAAAAUAGGUGCUGUACCCAUUAAUUGUUCCUCCAAACUUGUUCUAAACAGGAAGUUGAUAAUAGAGUAGCAUUUGUCAGCCUGUGGGCCAUGACUCAUUUGGGAUUAAAAGACCCUUUCACAUGGGUUGCCUAAGGUACAGGAAAAUAUAUAUUCAAUGGUUUUAGGAACUGAGAUACCGUGCCUAUGUUGUCUCUAGCUGGGUCUCCCCACAUGAAGAUACACCCACAUAAGAGUGUGUGGAAGUCCAGCUCCCACUCUUUGAAGGGUUCUUGGAGGGACAGGAGAGGAAUGAGGAUGUAUUAGACAGAAAGAUAGAAAAAGAUGAUAAGAAAGACAGAGACACAGGAUAACUACAGUAGGACCCUGAGCCAAUACCCAGUCACCUCAAGAUGUAUUCCAAAGGGCUUUUUGUACAAUGCCAAGGGGGGAAGCAAAAGACCUCCCCCUUUCAAGAUCAAAGCACAACAUACAGGCAAGAGUAGACCCUUCAAAACACCUGGUAGCCAUGCCCGUGGUAAAAUCAUCCCAUUAUGCAGCCCUGCUGGGGUAAAGCAAGUUCAGAUUCUCUGACCCGAGUAAUUUGGGCCCCCACAGGAGUGCUUGGGAGACUCAAUUAAAGGCUUGCAGCAUUAGGAAAUUUGGAGCCACUGUAUUAGAGAAAAGGCAUUUGAGUCUACAAAAAAGGAAGAUUGUUUCUACUGAAAUGUUCCAGGUUUACAUUCAUAGUGGUACUUGCUUAAGUUAUAAAGGCUCCACUCAUAGAAUUUAAGGGCUUUGGGAGGCUCAGAUAGAAGGCUGCUUUCUUCCUUGCAUUAAAAGAGGAGAGAAAGGUCUACAAAAUGACAAAUGAAAAUACAGCUACAAAACUGUUGGUGACAGACAUCAUCCAAUCUGGACUGUGUUCCUGAAAAGCUUUGAACUCAUGCUGAUACUGCGUGACUCAGCCAAAUUCCAUUGACCUUGAGAACAAUGCUAUCCAUGGGCAUAUACUAUAGACUAUCCUGGUGUCCUUGUGUCAUUCUACACCUUAUCACCCUGCUCUAUUAACAGAAAUUUUGAGGUCCAGCCUCUUAAUUUCCUUCCCAGGGGUCCAGGAGAGAUGCUACCAAUGGCUGGGAACUGAAUCUAGAUAUACAGAGCUCUUUUGUCCAACUUGUUUAUUUGUCUGCCACCAUAAUUCUCCCCAGUCCUCUCAGGGACCGGUCUAUAUCUCUGCAAAAACAGCAACAAACUCUGUGUUUACAAUACCACACAAGAAUUGCAAGGUCCUCACCAGAAGCUUCCUGGUUAAAUUCAUUUGCAACCCAAAUGGGGAGUGAGUAAAGGUGGAGUUAGAUAGGAAUAAAUCAGAAAAGGAAUUCAUGUGCUAGAAAUAUAUCCUCAUAUGUAGUUAGGUGAAGACAUUACAAGUCUAUCCUAAAUGUAGUCAAAGUACAAACUCACAGGUGAUAGGGUAAAGACAUCUAUAAGUCACUAAAAAUAAAACUGCCGCUAUUUUUCUAUGCUGCCAGUUUUCUGACAGGGCAGGAGAGGAGUACUGAUAGCCAGUCAAGAUUGAAAAACCUGGUGAAAAGAAAACCCUUUGUUCUAAGAAGUUGCUCUGGAGCAGUGAGAAGUGGGGAGAUCUGAACUUGAUUUGCACAAAAAGCAAAGCUAUGCACCUAGGAGCCAGGUACUUGGCCUAGGAGCCAGGUUGUCUUUGAAAGGACAUUUUACCAUAGUUCAGGGGCUUCAGGCACAUAGCAGGUGGUCUGGCCAGCUAUUCUGUUUCUUGAUUGUCCUUCAAUGCUUUGUUUGGAGGAGCCCUAUCUUUGGAUGUAGCUAAUGGGGAUAUUUGCAAAAGACAGAUAGCCAAUUCAAAUGCUAAAAAGGGAGUAGGGAGCUCAGAGGCAGAAGACCCUGCCUACUUGACCUUAUCCAAGUACUAACCCGAGGAGGAGGCUCACACACACAGUCCUAAGGGAAAUAUGAGCACAAGAAAUUCAUAACAAGAAACAGCUGAAUAUUAAGCUUAAUAACAUCCAAUAACCCUUGAUAAAUGGCUUCCCUCUUGAAGGACACCUUGGUUGGUCAAGUUAUAGCUUAUUAUACACAGCUGGACUCCCUAUUUCAUAUUCUUGAGGUCCGUGACACUCUAUAAGCCCCAAGAAAUUAGUUGAAUUUCAGUUCUUUUUUAAAGGCAUUUGCACAAUACUACUAUUGUAGAAAUCCCAGAAUAUUCACAUGAAACAAAGCUUAAUAAAGGGAUUUGCUAAGGUUUUAUCUUCAGCUUCAUUUAAUGUGUAGGUCCUUCCAUAGAAAUGUCAUGUAACUAUGAAACUUUAAUGAGAUAAUCUAUGAACAAGAUGCAGUGUACAUAUGCUCAUUUAUAGUUUUAGAAAUCUCCAAAAGUGUGCUGGGAAAUCAGUUUGACAUACUGAGAAGGUAUGAAAAGGUAUCUAGUUGACACUAAAGCAUUAUAAUAGAUUAUUGAUAAUAAAAUCAGGAAGAUUCAAAUUUUGUACCUUAGAAAACUCAGCGUAUUACACUUAACAAAUCCAUAUCAUUAUAUAUUUUUUUCCCACAGAUUUCAACACGAAAAUAUAUUCAAUCCACAAGAAAAUAUUGUUUGAGAACAUUUUGGUGUUCUCAGUAUUGGUGUUUAUUUAAACAGGAGCUCAUUGUUAGUAAAACCUUGAAUAAAUUCAGGCUGUUGAAUUAAAAGGAUCAUAGAUAAUUUCUACCAGUUGCUGCUACAUCAGGGAUGUUGGACCUGAGACAGGAGACCAUGGAAUGUUAGGUUUCUGUAUUGGCCCUUAACAAUCUGGAGAUUGCAGCCAGCUGACAAACUCUGGGGAUUCCAAUUUCAGGUGUUCAAGAGAUAGGGACUCCUCUUUUUGGGGAUCUUGAAAUCAUUAUCCUAAAUCAGUACAGAUAUCUGUAUCAUGGUACAUUUUUAAACUUGUCCACAAUGAAAAGACAUCUCACAUUGUACCGUUCACACUAUUGUUUUCUUCAUUCUGUAACUAUUUGUACACAUAGUUCUAGUCUAGCAUGUGGUGAGCCUGUAUAAAAUGGGUCCAGGUAGCCUAGAAGCUGGACCUGCAUGGAAGACAGCAUGGAUAUAGAGGGUCAUAUGCAUGUCAGUGAGGCAGUAACAAUCACCAUAUCAGAGGGGUAAUGGCAAAUAAAGCAGAGGCUCUGUGGGAUUUGAAUUCAACAGCAUUCGUGGAAGAGCAUUGUAAGAGUCAGAUUUCAAGAACCUGGUAGGCAUUCCAGGGACUAUAUUUUUAAGAACAAGACUGGCCUCAGACAGGAUCUUGCUAGGCCAGAAACACUCCCUUCAGCUGCAGGACACCCUAUAAGACAAUGUGGGGAAGUUGUGAGUACAUUGUGCUAUAGGGGACUGGAAACACAAUAGAAGGGAAAGCAGCAUUGUGAAACAGGCAUAUUGGAGUGACCAGAGGUGUGAUAAGCUUUUAUGCUGCUAAACAGGAUGACACAGUCUCUCAGAAUUGUUUUGGGAAUACCACGCCACCUAUAAGUGAGUUUUAGAUAAUCUGGGGCUUAAUGGGGUACUUUUUAUGAGUCUUACAGUUGCCAGAAUAUUUACAGAAAAAUAAUUGAAAAGAGAAUUUGCAUUAUCCCUUGUAUGCAAAAUCGGUUGUCAUACUAUUGGGACACUUAUAAAGAUCUUGGAAUUUAAAAUAAUCAAUGCUUUCUAACUGUAUUGUUUUACCACUUGCCUAUUCAAGCAAGUGGCCUUUGCUACUGGAGAUUUGCCAUACACUGGGAGCUGUUUAGAAAUUAGUCCCAUAAGGAACCAGUGCAUAUUUGAUUGAGGCAGAAAGUUUAAUUUAUAGACCCCCACAAUAGUGGUUAAAAACAUUAGCAUUUACUACCUGUGGGGGACCAGCCCCCUUUUAUGACCAGGUUACUCUUGAGCAGGGAGAACUGGAAAUAUUUAGAUGGAAAGAGAUACCUAGAUGAUGAGAGGAAAGACAGAAGCAGGAUAGUCUGAGGAGGGCCUCCAGCCCAGAACUUUAUUCAAAAGGGCUUUUUAUAACAAUGUCAAGAGGUGAGUCAAAAAGACUGUCCCCUGCUAGAUACAAUCAAGUGUAUACCAUUUCAAACACCUGGUACCAAAGCUCAUGGUCCAAUCAUCUUCUCAUGCAGUCCUGCUGGGAUAAGCUACUACGAAACCUUGGCGGGCUCCAGCAGGUUCCCCUUCUUAAUGUUUUAAAGGGCUCCCCAUUAAGAGCUCACAGCAAUCUCCAUAGCUGUCAGACCUCCUAGUAAAGGAGUAGAGGAUAAUAAUGAUGGAAAUUUCCAUUUUGAAUGGGUCUCAGAUGUCUAUAGAAGUCUUAGGUGCACAAAGCCCUUAUUUAAAUCAAUAAACUCUUGAUGUAACUGCACCAAAAAAGUCAAGCUCCAGAUGCAACUGCAUGAAACUUAAAGACUCCCUUAGCUUCAUCAUUAAAAUCAACAGGUUAACAUAAUUCUAACAUAAAUAUUGCUAUACAUAAUUACAAUUCUCUCAAACUUACAUCCAAAAGCAAUCUCGUAAUAGAACCAUUAACAUUUUAAUAACUUUAGCAAAACUACACUUUAAAGCAAUCCCUUAAUAGGACCACUUGAAUAUCUUGCUAACAAAACAUAUGAUAACUUCUGAUGUAUUCACAUCAAAGUGAAUUACUCCCUUAACUUCACCAAACCAUGGUGCAUCGAUAUCAGUAGGUUAAAAAGCAAUACUCUCAAUAUAACCACUAAUACCUUAAAAACUUUAGUCAAGUUCUCUUUCUUUGUUGCAUCUUUGUUUGGUUUAGGAAUCAGGGUAAUUGUAGCCUCAUAGAAGGAGUUUGGUAAUGUUCCUUCUGUUGUCAACCAAGGAACUGAUACAGCUUAUAAACACCUUCAGCAACAUAGCAAGAUACAAGAUCAACUCAAAAACAAUCAGUAGUCCUCCUAUAUACAAUUGACAAACAGGCUGAGAAGGAAAUCAGAGAUACAUCAAUAGCCUUUACAAUAGCCACAAGUGAUAUAAAAUACCUUGGGAUAACUCUAACUAAGCAAGUGAAGGACCUAUAUGACAAGAACUUUAAGUCCCUGAAAAAAGAAAUUGAAGAAGAUGUCAGAAAAUGGAACCAAUAGCUGAGGAGCCCCCAACUGGAUCAGGCCCUCUGGAUAAGUGAGACAGUUGAUUAACUUUAACUGUUUGGGAGGCACCCAGGCAGUGGGACCAGGACCUGUCUUCAGUGCAUGAGCUGGCUGUUUGGAACCUGGGGCUUAUGCAGGGACACUAUGCUCAUCCUGGGAGGAGGGGACUGGACUUGCCUGGACUGAAUCUACCAGGUUGAGCUGAAUCCCCUGGGGAGGAGGGAGGACAGGGGAAUCCGUGGCUGAUAUGUAAAACUAAAUCAAAUUAUAAAAUAAAAAAAAAAAGCAGAACAACACAUUAUCAAUAACAGAAAAUAGAACUAAAAUAUAAACCUAUAUAUUCCUGGUCAUGCUGUCAUUCCCGUAAUAGCAUAGCAACCAAGUGAUAUGUGGCAAGAGAUAAAUAGUGUACUUUUUAAAGUUAUUCUGCUAAAGGUGGAAGUUUCCUCAUCAUUUCAAUUGCCAUUCAAAUUAUAAGGACAAGAUGAUCAAAUAAUUUUCAGUAAGAAAGGAAUUUAGAAGUCUCCUCACUAUUUUUUCUGUCUAUACAAUGUGAAGUAUUUGGCUGAUUUAAACUGUUUACCAUUCAACUGGUUGUUUACCUAUCAUAGAAACAAUGCAUAAAGUGAUUUUUCCACUGAGCAAGCCUCUGAUGUGCAUGGAUCACCACUGCACAUUUAGGUUUCACAAAAGCCACCGUAAACACUUUGCCUCCAGCAACUCCUUCUACUUACAUGUUGGGAGAGGAAUAUGGCUUAAUACGUCUGAAUUUAUUAGCAAAUGAUAAUUGUGGAAGUCCAAGAAUAAUGAUAAAUAUGGUAAAACUGAAGGAGUGGUUUUUGAAAUCUCUUCUUUAUAUAGAAAACGACUGAGUGUUUUUAGAAAUGCUGAAAAGGUAGAAACUAUAUUUGUGAAUUUCUUGGUGAACAUGAUCUCUCUCCACAGAUUUCUGGCUGAAUUGUAAAACUGCAGCAUUCUG